AUGGCCGAGGCUCGCAGCACAAUGGGCGCCGCUGCCAUUCCUGCCGCAAAGCCACUUGCGACCUACGACGACGCGAUUCAGUCGCAGCGCAUUAUGACCGCGUUCUUCGAGCUCGAGAUCACCGGCGACUUUGAGGCGCUCAAGGCGGCAGUGAAUGAGUGGACGGCCUGCGAGCGCAGCAAGUGCCCGGGCACAAAUGCGCAGGAGUUCUACAUUAGUGGCGACAAGAAAAAAAUGUACCUCCUCGAGACCUUCGACGACGAGGACGCGCAGGUGCAACACAAAUGGGCGCAUCACUGCAUGGCCUUCGCCGACCCGGCUCUGACAGGAACAGGGUUCGCCUCGAUGAACAAGCAUGUGAAGUGGAUCGGCUGGAAGUACUUUGGGAAUCUGACGCCGGCUGUGAAGGAGCGCAUCCCGCCCAUCGAGGCCGCGCUCGGCAUUCAGUGCACGAUUUUCCCUGCCCUCGGAGGCUUCCGGAAGAAGUGA